ACCAAAAUAAUAUACACCAUUUGAUUGCACGAAUCGCCGUGUGUGCGACGUCUGUAGAAUCUGUCGAUGUAGUCGAAAAUCGGUUGUAAAACGUUUAGAGCGACACGAUAUGUCAAAAUGCUUGGUGCACUCGCAUUAGGUUAAAUUCAUAUAAUACAUUCACUGAGUGUGACCCAGUUCAUUCAACAAUAUUUGUGGAGAAAUUGGAAGAAACAGUGAUUGUUUUUUGGUGAAAAUCUGACAAAAACACGAAACCGAAUUGUUCAGAUUGCUUUACGAACGUGAAAAACAAAGACCGACUGGCAGUGGAAUAUGCACAGAAUAUGAUUUGGGUGGUUUUUUCUCUCUUCGCGAAUCUGAUUGGCAGCAACAAUCACCGAAAUCCGAAAACGUCAAACUCAAUCAACAAAAGCCAACCAACCUAGAGCUAAGAUCGAGUAUAUCAAUAAACGUAACCAAGUGUUUGUUUGAUAAUUUUUCCACCAAUUUCUUUCAUAUGAACUUUUUGUUUUUCCGAAUUUCUUUCUUGUUUUUGAACAAAUUAUUCAAAUAAACUGCGUUGAAUUUGCGAAUACACACUCGGGAAAUCAAUUGACAACAUGGGAAGUGAUAAGAAACGCACUCAUGAAUCGGACAAUGAAUCGUUGGAUUUGGAGAAACGAAGCCGACGAGAUCGAGAUGGCGAAUCAUCGAAAAGUAAAAAGAAACACAAGAAACAUAAGAAGAAUAAGAAGUCGAAGAAACAUGAUGGCGAUGGCAAAGAGAAACACAGCAGCAGUAAAAAGCAUAAAAAACAUCACAAACGUUCCAAGUCCAGUGAUGGCUUUAGCUCCGAAUCAAACACAGACAUUGCAGCGGUGAAACUGAAGGGUGAUACGGUGAGCUUGUCAAGUCGCCAUGACACCGAAACAAAGCUACCUCCACAAUCGACGUCAACGCUCAACACCAAAUUUACGGAAAUUAUGAAAUCCAAUGGGCAUGUUGUUGUGGCUAAGGCACCAAUACUGACAAAAUACAACGGAAAUGGUGCGGACGCAUCCAAACGUGACAGUAGUGCUAGUAAAAUUCCAACCGAUCCAAGUAAAUUAGUCGAAUUUAUUACGAAAUCACUUGAUCCGAACACAUCGACCCAAGUCGUUUCGUCGGCAUCCGACAGUGAUACCGUGCGUGAUGUCGAUAGUCCAGAUGUGGCUGUUAUCGAAGAGGAUGAUUUAAAUUUGGAGGAACUUAUGCGGCAGAAGGCUCUCUUGCAGGCGCGACUGGGUGGCAUUGUGAUGUCAGACACGGAGAGUGAAAAUUCACACAAGACACCGCUUUCGUCUAAUGUCACCGUUGCUACAGCAGCAGCCGCCGUUGCCGCUAUAAACAAAGCCAUCGCAGACGAUAAAAAUAGCGACAAGACAAAACUGAAACGAACAGCCGAACCUCCCACCAACGAUAUCAUUCUGCUCGAUGACAGUAGCAAUGAAGCUUCCGAAAAACCAUCUCCACCGAAAAAGAAAUCACGCAGCAGUCGAUCCAGGAGCAGGGAACGUACGUACAAGGAUCGAACCGGUGGCAAUAGUCGCAACAAUCGUGACAACAACCGUGACAAUCGUGACAGCCGAGACAACCGAGACAACAAUCGUGACAAUGAUAAAACGUCGAAAAAUCGCCGGUCCGAUGUUGAAAAUCGGUUCAAAGAAGACUUACGCAAAGAAAUCGACCGUGACAGAGAGCGGAGCAGGAAUAGCCCGAAACGGCAAAGUUCGUCGGCUAAUAAACCUGGAACAUAUUCACCCAAUACAAAGUCUCGAAUAUCAAUGACUGAACGAAAUAAAACACAGUCAUCGUCGAGCACAUCAUCGGCAAUCCAGCGCGAACGGGAGGAUCGAAAUAAAGCACGUGAGUACCAUGAUAAAUACGACCGUUAUGACCGGUAUGGCAGUAGGCAGAAGCAUUCAAGAGAUGACAAAUAUCGUUCGGAGGACGCAUCGCGUAAACGAAAAGACGAACGAAGUGACAAGUACAUGGGAUCAUUGAGUGAAGGUCAAAAGCACAAAGAAUCGAGCAGUGGCAGUGACGUGGGCGACAUUGAUAUUGACGACGAGGACGAAGAAGAGAAAAUUAUCGAAAUGCGACGAAAAAAGCGAGAAGAGCUGAUGAAGAAACUAUCCACUGGUGGUGGUGGAACGAAGGAUAGCCGCUCUCAGUUGAUUGCCGAUUCUAUGACAGACGAAAGCAAUGAUGACGUCAUAUUUGUGGAAGAACCGGGACUAAAAUCAUUCAAAAACCUAUUUUCACACGAACCAACCAAAAGUGAGUUGAAAAAAUCAACCACACCGCCGCCACCAAUUGAUCUCAACGAAGCGAAAGAUAGAGAUCACAAAGACUUGAACAAAUCGAAAACCGAUGGCAACGGUGCUACCAAACGAACUGAUUGGGACAUGUUUGCUGAACAGGACAUUGACUCCAAUUUUGAUAGUCCAAGUACGAUCGUUGCCAACAAAAAUACCGUUGAUAAUCCUGCCCUAACUGAUAAUUGGGACGACGCUGAAGGUUACUAUCGGGUUCGCAUUGGAGAAGUGUUGGAUAAUCGAUACAUAGUAUCGGGCUUCACCGGUCAAGGUGUGUUCAGUAAUGUGGUUAGCGCUCGAGAUCAAGCCAGAGGCAAUGCAAAUGUGGCGGUCAAAAUAAUCCGAAAUAAUGAAAUUAUGCACAAAACGGGCUUGCGUGAAUUGGAGGUCCUAAAGAAGUUGAACGACGCUGAUCCAGACGAUCGAUACCACUGUCUUCGGCUGCAUCGACACUUUUUCCACAAACAGCAUUUAUGCAUGGUAUUCGAGCCGCUGUCGAUGAAUCUGCGUGAAGUGCUGAAAAAGUACGGCAAAAAUGUGGGCCUUCACAUAAAAGCUGUGCGCAGUUACACGCAACAAUUAUUCUUAGCACUAAAACUGCUGAAGAAAACCGGCAUCCUACACGCCGACAUCAAACCGGACAACAUCCUUGUCAACGAAAGCAAUUUAAUACUGAAGCUGUGUGAUUUUGGCUCAGCGACACAUAUCACUGACAAUGAAAUAACACCGUAUCUUGUAUCACGGUUUUAUCGAGCACCAGAAAUUAUUCUUGGUAUGCAAUAUGAUUAUGGAAUUGAUAUGUGGUCAGCUGGUUGUACUAUUUAUGAAUUGUAUACGGGAAAAAUUUUAUUCAGCGGCAAAUCAAAUAAUCAAAUGUUAAAAUUUUUUAUGGAUUUAAAGGGGAAAAUUCCAAAUAAAGUGAUACGUAAGGGACAAUUCAAAGACCAGCAUUUCGACCAGAAUUGCAAUUUUCUAUCACACGAAAUAGACCGGCUGACUGAACGGGAGAAAAUCGUCGUGAUGCCAGUCAUCAAGCCAACGAGGAGUCUUCAUCAGGAGCUGGUCGCUGACCAAAAUUUGCCUGAUGAUCAACUGCGCAAGGUGUCACAGUUGCGAGAUUUACUCGACUCACUGUUCGCUUUGGACCCCUCAAAGCGCCUGUCCCUAAAUCUGGCACUUGCACAUCCAUUUAUUCAAGAAAAAAUGUAAGAAUUUAUCACAGGCAGCGAUUGAACGACUCGGUUUCUUGACAUGAGAUCGAAUCCUUCAAUGCAGAAGAGAACAUCGAACUUUAGCUCUGAAAAUAUUAUCAAUAAGAUUAAUUGAAAUAUAUGAAAAAUCAAAUCAUGUAAACGAAUCUUCAUUCAAAUGCUGCCCCAUUUUUAAUUCAAUCCAAACAUUUUGAACAAGCGAACAAGUAUAGUUCGAAUUGAAUUUUAAGGAUAUAUUUAUGGUUUAUGUCCAAAAAAAAAAAAAAAACAAAAUACAAAUAAACAUAUUUAAAAAUCUGCACUGACCUGAA